AUGGCUCUAAGGUUCCAAGGAAGACUGGACGACUUUAACUUCCAAGGCAGAAUCAUCAGCUCAAGUCGAAGAAAAACCAGGAUACACAUUCUCUGCCACAACUGUGCAUCAUCAAACAUGGGAUUUGAUUCAUCAAUAUUCCUGUUUUUUAAAUUGCUAAGAGUUACUGCUAUUUGCCUCAGAUUUCUUGCAAUUCUCAACAGAAUUACAAAUUCUUCUUUACUCCGACCAAUCGGACCUAAGGAUUUGGAUCUCGUAAAGACUACUUGGAUAAAAAUCACACAAGGAACAUACUUCUUAUCAGACAUUAAGAAUCUCAAACAAGGCAUCAACUUUCCAAAGUCUCAUCCAUUCUCCAGACUUAAUCCAUUCAUCGAUCAUGAAGGAGUUGUUAGAGUCGGAGGACGGCUCAAUCAUUCAACAUCAGACAACGAAAGCAAGCAUCCUGCUAUUUUACCCAAGAAUUCUCCUUAUACUCGAUUCAUUAUAGAGGAGGCUCAUUCAAGGACUUUUCACGGAGGAACUCAACUCACCUUGGCUUGCAUAAGCUAUUCUUACUGGAUCAUUGGAGGCAGACAACCUGUUCGAUCAUUCAUUCUUAAGUGCAUUCAAUCAAUCACCAAUCACCCUCAAAUCUUAAAAGGGUCGUGGAGCAAAAACAAAAAAGGGUGGAUUUGCCUUUUUGUAUGUCUCACCAUCUCAGCUCUGCAUCUCGAGGUUGUCACGGACUACACCACGGAAGGAUUUCUCUCAGCUUACCGGCGAUUCACUUCAAGAAGAAGUAUCUGCAGGACACUCUACAGUGACUGCACAGUGACAGUGACUCUACAGUGA